CCUAUGUUCCUCACCUUUUACAGAUCAAUCAUAACCAACUGUAGAUUAAUCUACGGUUGAGAUUAACCCAUCUAGCAUCACCUAGUACUCCCGCUUCCACAUUAUUUAAACUUCUCCUUAUUUUGAUAUUCAUAUAUUUUCCUUUCGAAGGUUUAUAUCUGAAGACAUAAGUAAGUUGCUGCAUUGGUAGUGAAAUAGAUUUGUUCAGCCUUUUGACCGGAUAAUCAAGACAUCCACCACCACCGCCGCUGCUCCUCCGCCACCUUUACCAAUAAAAGUUUGUCUACGCUGUAAAAUAAAAUUAAUGGCAGAUACUCACUUGCAGAUAGACCAAGAGUCUCUCCCUCCAUCCCAGACCCCUCUCCUUCCUCCAACUCAUAACAACAACAAAAGCCACCACCGCAGCCGCCGCCAAGAUCAAGGAACUGAUCUUGAUCAAGCUCUUAAAGGGUUAGAGACAUUUCUUACGUUUCUGGGUUUCAACCAGUCUUCUGCUUUAAGCUUUGUUCUUUCCUGGACAGCGUUUAUAGUGAUAGGUGUGUUGCUUCCUGUUGUGAUCCUGGAGUUAUCUAAAUGUGGUGACUGUAAAAAGUACCAGAUAAAGGAUUUUGAGCUCGAUAUCGUGGCAUCUCAGGCAUGUUUAGCUGCUGUUUCUUUGGCUUGCAUUUCUCAUAGUCUACGCAAGUAUGGCAUAAGGAAAUUUUUGUUCGUUGAACGCUGUGCCGGCCAUGGCAUGGCUCGCUUUAGCCACAAAUAUGUUCAACAGAUCAAGGAUUCGUUACGAUUGCUGGUCCUCUGGUCACUGCCAUGUUUCAUUCUGAAAGUUGUCCGAGAGGUCAUUCGUGUAUUAUAUGUGCAGCAUGAAUCAUGGUGGUUGUCCGCUGCUAUUUUGUUUGGUUUGAUUCUAUCUUGGGUUUAUGUGAGUACAGUAUCUUUAUCAGCCAGCAUUCUAUUUCAUCUGGUUUGCAAUUUACAAGUUAUACACUUUGAUGACUAUGCUAAGCUCUUGGAAAGAGAAUCUGAUGUCUUGGUAUUUAUAGAGGAGCACAUUCAUCUACGUUAUCACCUCUCUAAGAUAAGCCAUAGAUUCCGAAUUUUUCUUCUUCUGGAGUUCUGUGCUGUCACAGCUAGCCAAUUCGUUACGCUUUUUCAGACCACAGGGUAUAGUGGAAUAAUUACUGUUAUAAAUGGGGGCGAUUUUGCAGUCUCUUCAAUUGUUCAAGUGGUUGGAAUAAUUCUUUGUUUGCACGCUGCCACGAAAAUAUCCCAUAGAGCUCAAGGUAUUGCAUCUGUGGUGAGUAGAUGGCAUGCAAUGGCAACAUGUGCUUCAAUUGAUUCAUCUCAUCAACUGAGAGUUUCAAGUAGUAUGGGGAACUUGGAAGCUGCAAAUUCACUAAACUCACUGCAUUUUAGCUAUUCUGAAAGUGAUUUGGAGUCUCUGGAUUAUAUUGCAAUGCCUACAAAUACACAGUUGGCAUCCCACAUGGCCUCAUAUCACAAAAGACUAGCCUUCGUAUUGUAUUUGCAAAACAAUCCAGGAGGAAUCACAAUAUUUGGGUGGACAGUUGAUAGAGCACUAAUAAACACAAUCUUCUUCAUUGAACUCUCUCUAGUGACCUUUGUGCUUGGAAAGACUAUAGUCUUCACUACUAAAUGAUUAAUAUCCAUGGCGAGUUUGCACUUUAGCAGAAACUUCUUUCAAGAUAUGGCUCUCGCCAUCGAUAAGAUCGAUCAAUCUGGCUCUUGAAUAUCACUGUUGCCAUUGAAAUGAUGAAUAAAAAGGUUACCUUAAUGUCUAGCAUGAAAGGGUGAGAGCCAGAGAGAUAUACAUAGAGAGAGAGAGAGAGAGCAAGUCCCUAUUCUUACUUCUUGGUAAAGCUUGGAAGAAUACACCCAUACUUGUAUACAUAUUGUUAAUAGCUAAUUUCAUGCAUUUUGAACGAAAGAAAGGCCUUUUUUUUUUUUUUUAAUUUGCAUGUCAGAAUUAUCAGUGGGUAGAAGACAACUGAACAGGUUACAGUGGAAUGAUCAAAGUGAAAAUUAUUGAGGAAGAUGAAGUGUUUAGGGACUCGGUUAUUUAAUCUCUGCUUGGCAUGAUUUUAUUUUAUUUUUUUAAAAAAUUAAAUGUAUUCUUCUAAAAUCAUAUAUGAUUUUAUUUUAUUUAUAAAUGAAAAUUUUAGAAGUUAAAAAAGAAAUAAAAUUUUUAUUUUAAAUAACAAAAUUCUAACCCUUUUGUUGAGUUUAGUUACGGAUGAAUGAUGGCACAAAGAAUGCG